AUGGUGCAAUCGGUAGAGGCCAUGCUCAUUAUCCAUCAAUAUACACACCCUCACGUUUUGCUCUUGCAAAAAGGAAAUAACUUUGCCUUACCGGGUGGGAGGUUGUUGUUAGGCGAGGAUCAGUCUGAAGGGCUGUCUAGAAUACUUUCCGAUCAAUUAGCACCUCAAUCUUCAUCAAAAUUUACCACAUGGAACAUUUCCGAUUGUCUUUCUGUGUGGUAUCGACCAGGGUUUGAGAAUAAAUUUUAUCCUUAUCCACUUCCCCACAUAACCAUUCCAAAAGAAGAAAAAAGGCUGUAUCUUGUUCACCUGCCAGAAUCACAGUUGUUUUCCAUUCCCUUGGGCAUGACUCUUGUGGCAAUUCCAUUUUUUGAGCUGUAUGAAAACGCCAACCGCUUUGGUCCGCUAAUCGCAAGUGUUCCCUAUCUAAUUUCUCGAUACCAUUUAAUUGUUCAAUAA